UCUCCUAUAAUAUUUGGAUCUCGAGAAAGCUGACUAGCACCGGCUGCGAGGUCAGGACAAAAAACAUGAAAAUAGCAAAAUGUCCUCUAAGUCAAUCGGUAUUUUGUACGGCCGAACAGGCGAUACACAGUUGCAGAGAGCGGGCCAAACAUUUAGGCGCACAAAAGAUCCUUUAUAUCGCUUGACUUGCCUACACUUGCGCCGUUACUGCGAAACGACACAUGCGACGGGAUACAUACCAAGGACGCACCAACAUAUCCAAGACAUAGAACCAUGGGCGGACAUUCGCCUUACCCGCAACACAUGGCGGAUGACCUCCACCAUGCAGAGCGGAUGCCUGCAGACUCUUCUAGCGAGGCGUUCUCCUUUGACGAAAACCGCGUCUCGAGGACCAAUUUCAGUCGCUCCGAAACGACUCUCGGACAGGUCUCUAACUACCCACAUACGCCCAUCGGCCAGGCCGUCUCUUUCGACUUCAACCUCAACAACCUCUCAGCGAAUACAGACAAAGCACGCCCCUCUCAUGGCCGUGCCUCAGAUGAGGCUAUAACGCCAGUGAAUGGUGAGCCCCGGAUCGAGAAGAGUGAUCUCUCCGCGCCUCCCCAAUUUCUCGAGACACAGGUAGAGGCCAAGCUUGAUACCCGCGAGUUCCUCUUCAUCGUCACCGUCUGUAUGGCUCAGUUCCUCACUCUUGGCGGUCUUGGUCAGUCGGUCGCACCACUUUUCAUCAUUGGCAAAGACUUGGGUGUUGCCGAUACAGAUCUGGGAACAUUGAGUUGGUACACUGCGGCAUUCAGCUUGACUGUCGGUGCAUUCAUUCUGCCAGCUGGUCGGUUGGGAGAUAUGUAUGGACAUAAGAAGAUGUUCAUUGUAGGCUGGAUAUGGUAUGCCGUAACGUCGAUCAUCGUAGGCUUCAGCUAUGCUGCCAAAUCCCACGGUUCUGUGAUGCUCAGUGUUACACGCGGCUUCCAGGGCAUAGGACCCGCCAUUUUGGUGCCGAAUGCCAUGGCCCUUGUCGGCACCACAUUUCCCAUGGGCUUGAAACGCAACAUGGUCUUUUCGGCGUUCGGCGCCUGCGGUCCUACUGGUUUCGUAUUCGGCGCCAUCUUCUCUGCCCUGUUGUCACAAUUUGCAUGGUGGCCUUGGGCUUUCUGGGUACUCGCAAUAGUCUGCGUUGGUAUGGCAGUCUUGUCCUUCGUGGUCAUACCAGCUCCGAUUCCCCGAGGAGUAAACACUUCGACGUUCGAUUUUGCAGGUGCUUGCACUGGUGUUUCUGGGCUGGUUCUGUUCAACUUUGCCCUCAACCAAGCACCUGUCGUAGGUUGGAACAAGACAUACAUUCCUUUCACCCUGGGCAUUGGGGUGAUGUUGCUCAUUGCUUUUAUCUAUCUUGAGAUGAACCACGCACAACAAGCCUUGGUGCCCAUCCGAGGUCUUAGCAAAGAGGCUGUGCUAGCACUCUCGUGUAUCGCUGCUGGCUGGAGCAGCCAUGGUAUCUGGCUCUUCUACCUAUUUCAGUUUGUGCAGCGGUUCCGCGGCUCGAGCGCCAUCGCCGCUGCUGCACAGAUCUCCCCCGUCGCCAUCACGGGUGUCGGCUUCGCCAUGUCUGCCGGCUGGCUGGCCAGAAAGUUCAGGACAUCGUAUAUCAUGUUGUGUGCCAUGCUUGGCUUCUUCAUCGGCACACUGUUUCUCGCUUUCGUGCCAGUACAUCAGACCUACUGGGUCCUCACACUCUGGAGUGUGGUCAUCAUGCCCAUCGGCAUGAACUGGAGUUUCCCGUCCGGCACAAUCUUGCUCAGCAAUGCGAUGGCCAAGGAACACCAAGGUAUCGCCGCCAGUUUGGUGUCUACAGUGGUCAACUACAGCAUCUCCAUCGGGCUAGGCAUUGCAGGUACCGUUGAGCGAUAUAUGAGUCAGAAGCAUGGACCGCUAUGGGGGAUCCGAGGGGCUUGGUGUCUCGCACUCGGUCUUGAUGCCAUCGGCGUCGGCAUUGCGGUAUAUUUCGUCGUGAUAUCACGAAGAAAGCCACCGUCAUAGAAAAAAGACAAGGCCCUAUGGCGAUCAUCACCAGAGAAAAGACACAGAGCCUCAUUUCCAUCGGUCUAUUUUCUCAUCGCCAAGCUCCGUGUCUGCAUUUAUUGUAUUGUCCAGAGGGUAGCAAUGUUGAGUCUAUAUGGUGUAGUUGGUGUGAUUAGCACGCUACGCAAUGCCCAUCCACGGAUUUCUCAGAAGUCGAGGCUCUCCUCUCGAAACGUCCGAAAUGCUGUGAUACCCUUAGUGUAUUCAAGCCCAUUUCAAAACGCCGUCUGACCCGAUGUCAUGGCCUUGAGUCCCACACAUGGAACGAU